AUGUUGGAAAAGUGUUUCGGCAACGAUUCUCUAAAGAAAACGAUCAUUUAUCAGUGGCACGAGCGGUUCAAAAGUGGUCGUGAGUCAAUCGAAGUUGAUGAACGCAGUGGCAGACCAUCGACAUCGAAAACCGACGAAAACAUUGAUAAAGUAAAAGAAAUGUUGGUCAAUAACCGCAAAUUAACCAUCAGAGAGAUAUCGGAGGGCUUGAACAUUGCCUAUGGAUCCGUCCAAGACAUUUUGGCUAAUGAUUUGGGUUUCCGUCGUGUAGCAGCAAAGUUGGUGCCAAAAGACCUCAAUUUCAUACAAAAAAGAAACUGCGUUGACGUCGCAAAAGACAUGAUUUGCGAGGCUGAAUCCGAUCCCACAUUCAUCAGAAGGAUCAUUACUGGAGACGAGACGUGGGUUUAUGAGUACGACACGCAAUCCAGACAUCAGGUAAGUGGAUGGCGUUCAUCAAAGUAA